AUGCCCGACGAGUACGGCGACGAGACCGAUCUCUUCGAAAUCGUUGAUCGCACUACUGCGCCCGACUCCAAUCCACCUCGACCAGCUCCUGCCUCCGACAAUGCUCGCAAGGUCGUCCAGCCCACACCCCAAGCUCUACCUGCUCGCAAAUCCGCAUCAUCUAUCCUGGUCUCGCCGCGCCAGAAAGGCAAUCCCAUCCUGAACAGCAUCAAGUCUUUGCCUUGGGAGUACUCGGACAUCCCUGCCGACUUUGUUCUUGGUCAGACAACCUGUGCUCUGUUUCUGUCGCUCAAAUACCACCGCCUGCAUCCUGAAUACAUCUACUCGCGCAUCCGUCAAUUGGGUCAAAAGUACCUCCUUCGCGUCGUUCUAGUCAUGGUCGACAUAGAGAACCAUCAAGACCCUCUGAAAGAGCUGUCCAAGACCUCCCUUAUCAACAAUGUCACCCUGAUCCUCACCUGGAGCGCAAACGAGGCUGGACGUUACUUGGAGCUCUUCAAGUCAUGCGAAAAUGCUGCCCCAACCGGUAUCAAGGCCCAAAAGGCUGCCACCUUCGCCGACAAUCUCGUCGAGUUCAUCACUGUUCCUCGCAGCAUCAACAAGACUGACGCCGUAGGCAUCGUCUCCAACUUUGGAAGUGUGCGCACCUCCGUCAAUGCCCGUCCCGAAGACCUAUCUCACGUCGCUGGCUGGGGAGAUAAGAAGGUCAAGGCUUGGUGCCAGUCUGUUCGCGAGCCUUUCCGUGUGACCAAAACCAAACGUCGCCUUGGUCGCGAAGACUCAAGACCUACGCAGUCUAAUGUCGAGCAAGACAGUCGCGUGGCUGCCAGACUUGGCAUCGGCGCUUCCCUCUCUUCUGUCGACAUACCUGCUGGACCAAACACCUCCGUAGGCACUUCUGACGCUGACAGACGGUCCGAUGUCAGACUCGCCGAUGAUUAUGAGCCCGGCGCCGAUGAGGAAGAGGCCAUGGCAGAAGCCUUUGCACGUCCGUCCAAACCGCCCGCAGCACCACAGCCAGCUCCUCCCCCUGUCAACAAAGCGCAAGCCGAGGAGAACCUUAGUGAGGGUAUGAUGGCGGCGUUGGCUAGGUUGAGACAGACAUGA